AUGAAGCGAUACGGAUGGUUUCUGUGUAAAAACACUAUGCUGUUUGAUUUAUUAAGGAAUUCACUAAAAGAAUCGAUUGGCAGGAGACACAAUGUGACGGCAGCCAGACUCCGUGUAAAGUGUGUGGCACAGUGUGUUCAGCGGCGUGUCCUGACAACAUCAGAGGUACGAAGUUCCAGCCUCGACUCAGGGGACAACAUCAUCAGGAGUCACCUGCCAGAUCUAGUCCUCCCCACAGACACUCCGUUUCAUGAGUAUAUAUUUGAGAAAUGUGAUCUCUACAAGGAUUUGCCAGCAGUGACAGAGUUUGUGAGUGGAAGAACCUACACCUACUCGCAAGUGAAAAAGAACGCAAUCAAAGUGGCCAGCGCUCUUCAUCGGCUCGGGUACAAGAAAGGAGAUGUCGUUUUGUCGUUCUCUACCAAUCACAUCGACCUGCCUGUUUUGAUGUUAGCUUGUGCCAGCCUGGGAGUCUGGUACAGUGCAGCUAAUCCGACUUUUACUGCAGAUGAACUCAGCCGACAACUACAAGACAGUGGCAGUCAGGCAGUGUUCACCAUGCCCCAUCUUUCUGCAACUGUCAGAGAGGCGUUGGACUGCAGAAAUUACAAGCACAAUGUCAAGCAAGUAUUUGUGUUUGGGACGUCUCCUGGCCUGCGAUCAUUUCAAAGUCUACUAGAAGACGAUGGGCGGGGCUUCCCACACGUCUACAUCGACCCCAAGAAAGACGUGUUCGUGCUCCCAUACUCCAGCGGAACCACAGGUCUUCCAAAGGGAGUGAUGCUGACACACUUCAAUGUACUGGCUAAUUGCAUACAGAUCCAAGCUUCUGUCCCGGUCAGUGUUGGCGAGAAAGCGUUGGGGUUACUCCCCCUUUAUCAUAUCUUGGGCAUGGUGAUUGACCAAUACUGUGUCCUCCAGAGUGGAGCCUGCCUGGUGCAACUGCCCAAGUUUGACCCCGAGACUUUUCUCAGGUGUCUGCAAGAUGCUAAAAUCGAACUGGCAAACCUUGUCCCGGCUGUUGUAAACUUUCUAGCCAAACACCCAGGGGUGUCUAAGUAUGACAUCACCUCCUUGCGGAGAAUCUACUCCGCCGCUGCUCCACUGGGAGAAGGUCUCACUCAGGAAUUUCUUCAACGACAUUCAUUUGGAGUGACUCUUGCACAAGGUUAUGGCAUGACUGAGACCUCGCCAGCAACAAACGUCGAUUACACCAACAAGAUGUGCGGCUCUGUUGGCACCAUGUUGGUCAACACGCUAGGACAGAUCGUCGACAAUAACACAAAUAAACCGUUGGGUCCGCGACAGCUUGGAGAAUAUUGUGUCAAGGGGCCGCAAGUCAUGAAGGGGUACUAUAAUAAUCAGAAAGCGACACAAGAAAUUAUUACCCCUGACGGAUGGCUACACACAGGUGAUAUCGGCUACUACACAGAAGACGGCAAUGUCUACAUCUGCGACCGCAUCAAAGAACUCAUCAAGUAUAAAGGCUCUCAGGUACCGCCUGCUGAGCUGGAGUCUGUACUGCUCGAGCACCCUGGAGUUGCUGACGCGGCCGUUAUUGGUGUACCAGACGAGAGGGCUGGGGAGUUACCCAGGGCCUUUGUAGUCAAGAAGCUUGGUGUAAAAGUCACAGAAAAGGACAUUGUAGAUUUUAUGAAAGACAAGAUGGCUCCUUCCAAAAGGCUGCAUGGUGGCGUUCAGUUUAUCGACGAAAUUCCUCGCAAUGCAAGUGGCAAAAUAUUAAGAAGGUCCAUAAAAGAACAAUAUACAAGAACUAUGAAAGGGUAA